AUGGAGAGAAAAGAACCGUGCGACAUAGAGAAUAGGGAGGGAAGGACGAAUGGACAGUCGGACGGUACAUCGAACGGACAGAGAGAGUCCCGGGAAAGCCACGGUAUUCCUCGUGGUACAGCAAUAAUAUCGUUUCCCGCGCGUACUGCGGAUUGGCUGGUGCAGCCGCAAGUGAGGAGCGAGGGCAAUCGAUCGAGACCUCUUAGGAAGUACAAGAGCAACAGAAGCUUGAGGUUCUCGAAAAAAGUCAACCUGGAUCUAUCACAGGAAGACUCCGCCGUGGACCUCACCCAACUUUCGGGGCGAGGCACGGAUCGCGCGCGCACCGAUCGUCGUCAGUCGCGUAAUCGUCGGCCACAUCUAGAUUUGUCAAGUCCCUUCAGCUUGGGCAUCGUAACCGGUUAUUGUAACAACGACGAUUACAAAGAAAAAAGUUUGCCAAUUAGCUCCGGUAACAAACAUAUCAUUUCCACCAUGCCGCGGAAUGAAACAGCCCGGCCAGGCAAACGACCAUUGAGAAACUUGAGUGCGCAGCAAAAAAUUGAUGCCAUUAGACGGGUACAUGAGGGCGAAUCGAAAGCUGCUGUUGCGCGCGACAUCGAUGUACCGGAAUCUACACUUCGCGGAUGGUGCAAAUCUGAGCAUAAGUUACGGAGCCAAGCCGGGAACUUGCGGAAUUUCGAACAGGAAGUAUCACCUUCCUCAAGUGAAAGUGAGAGAAGUUCGCCGUCCAGCUCGUCACCUUCUGUGUCAAAUUUGCCGGCGAAUGGUGUGAAUAUUGCUAUGUCGUCCACAGCGCCGACUGAAGAUCCAGAACCCAGCUCGGCAGCAAAGCGGCUGCGAGUUGACAACGGGAUAACGCCUGCAAUCAACAUUGGGGCACAAGCAGCUCGCGUUCCCUAUAACGGUGACAUAAGCGGACAACUCUUAUCAAACUGCAAUUUGUACAGCUUUCUCGGGAAUACUGAAGUUACUAAGAAGUUACAAGCUAUACAGGACCACUUGCUUCUAAUGCAAAAGCAGAAUUCCUUUCUGUCUCUAUUUUCACCUGCACCAGCUACAACAUCAUCUGCUGUAGGCCUAAUCGAGAACGGCCUGCAGUAUACUAGGAACAACGGUGUGUUGAUGAACAAUACAACCAAGAAGAAACACAGUACUUCCUCUCUGAUGCCGGAUACACCAAGGAAUUCCAGAAGACAAAAUAGCUCAUCUCCGGCAAUGGAUUCUCCUGGGACUAGUGGAACGAGUUCGACUAGCCUUAUUAACGGAACACAGGCGGACCCAAGCAUUUCAAAGAAACACGAACUUCCAAAAAGCGUUGAGCAGAUUGCUGCAUCGUUAGGUCCAAUGCAGUACUUACAACCUGGACAGACUACGAAUACGCAGUUAGAUGCCAUGGUCCUGCAGUGGAAUAUGUUUCAACAACUUGCCAAUGUAAAUGCGCCGAAUACGCGCAAUUUUAAUCGGCAACUCCUGGACAACGUCUUGUACAACAACAACAACAACAACAACAAUCUUCAUCAAAAUAACAAUAAUCAGAGCAGCAACAACACUGAGAAUGACAACGGUGGACAACCUCCUCCUGAACUGCAGGAAGCAAUAGAGCACGGUGACGUAUUCGUCAACUGGCUACAAAGCCGCGGAACACCUAUCAGCACGUUUGCUCAGGUAAACGAAAUAAAGAAGAUCCUUAGUAACAUGAAACAAAUGGCACAGAAUAGAGACAAAGUUAGGAGGGAGAAGUCUACGAGCUAGCUCAAAUAUAGAAAACGAUCUCGAGUUAAUAACUCGUAAGAAUUCUUUUUUUUAUGUAUUAAAUAAUUGUAUAUAUUAUUGUAAACUAUCCUUUAGUGUAAUAAAAAAAUUAGGAAAAUAGAUAGUGUGUGCUCAACUUUAUUAUAAAUGUACAUAUGACAUACGUUAGCGCGCAAUUUAAUUAAUAAAUUUGCCAUUUUGUUUAAUAGCAUAUAUCGCAUUUUCUUUCGACUUUUAUUUUGAUUUUAUUUUAAUUAAUAGAAAGAAAAAAAGACUAAACAAAAUUACAAAUUUACUUAAAUUGCGCGCUAACAUAUUAUUUAUUUUAUUAUUUUUCUUAGGUCUUAGGCAUAUCUACCUCCUUUUAUUUAAUCAUAUUUUAGUAUGUUUAUAGUUUUUUAGUUUUUAAGUUUAAGUUUAAGUUCUCUUAGAUUAGUAUCUGUAAAGAAUUAUAUUUUAAACUAUAAUUAGAAAUAAUUAAAAUUGUAAUUAUAUUAUAUAUUAAAUGUGAUACUGGAAAUGAUUAAAGUGAUAAACGCUUAGGUGCAUUAAUGCCAUUCAGUCUAUUCUCAUUCCCAAUAAUAUUUUGCUGCACACAAUCCACUAAUACCUAUAUUGUUUAAAAAAAAUAUAAAGGGACUAAAGUCAAAUAAUUAAUCGAAAACGAAACAAUUGUAUGUAACUUCGAAAAGAUAGUUUCUUAAAUAUCAGAAAAGAAUUUUCGUUUGUCCAGUACGACCGCAUCUCGCAGUAUUAGUCCUAAACACAAACAAACUGUUUUAUAUUUCUUUAGAAAAAAAAUGGUAUCUACGAGCAUUCGACGAACUGCAUUGCCAUAUCCUGCGAUAUGACCGCAUCUCGCAGUAUUAACCCUCCGUCGUCCAACUGUACACUUGAGUGACACGCUGAAACUGGUAUAGUAAAUUUCACCGACAAAUUUCAAUUUUUCAUAAAAAAAAAACCUAUUGAUCAUUCCGGUUUAGCAACUGUCAAAACAUGUUCAGAAACGUUCAAAAAGUCACCCGGAAGUUUGUCAAAUUUUUCAAAGCAGUUAUGUGUCAACGAUAUAUGUAUGACACUCAAGUGUACAGUGGGACGAUGGCGUUGUUAAACAAAUGAUGGACAGAGGGUUAAUGCAUCUGUAGAAUAAUGAUCCGAUCCCUAAAAAAAGAACUUGUCCUGUAAUAAUACUGAAACCACUUUACUUACCAUAGUAAUUUCCAUUUUAUCCGGUGACUGAUACUCUAUGUGGUCACUAAGAAACUUUACGCAUCCGCGCCACGUGCACAUCGCAGGACAUGGCAAUGUAGUUCGUCGGAUGCUCGUAGAUACCAUUUUCUAUAGAAAUAUAAAACAUUUUGUUUGUGUUUAUUGCAAUUUAAUUUAUUAAGUAUUAGAAUAUUUUAAUAUACAGUUUUCUGUUCUUAGUUCAUGUUGGUCUAUUUGUGAUCUCUAAGAAUUAAGAUUGUAUGAUAUUUAUAAAUAAUUAGAGAUGAUUAUAAAUAAUAACAUAAAUCUCAUAUUUUAUAAUUUUAUUUUAUAUAUUUUGUAUUCUAAGUUGCAAUAAUCGUUUCAUACGAACCAUGUCCAGCCUCUCAGUAUUAUAGUUAUGAGAUUUAUGAUCUCAAUAGCAGAAAAGUGUGAAACAUCAUAUUCAAUUGUAGAGAACACUGUCGCGUUUUUCUCAUAUUUAUUUUCGUCUUUACAUCCAGUUAAUAACGAUGAAUACACGUGAGUUGCUAUUGUAUGUAUUUAGCGAUAUAACAUAAUAUUGUACAAAGUGAUAAUUUUAAGAAUUUUCAAAGAUUAUUUAUAAGGAUUAUUUAUAAGGAAGUAACUAUGUACCAAAGUUAACUGUCAAUGCUGUGACGCAAAUGUACAUAAGACUGUGCCUGCGCGUAAGUGCAGAUGAUUUAUUAUAGCCAAAUUAUGUAUAAAUAAGUGUAUAGCAAACUUUAUUUUUAUUAUUUAGAAUGUAGAAAAAAGAAAAAUGCUCUUUUCACGCAUAAACAAAUACUUUAAUUGAUUAUGUGCUAUUUAUAUUUCUUUUCGUUCUUCAUAAUACGGUUAAAUAAAACAAUGUAAAGGUAAAUGUUCAGAAGUACAUCGACCGGUAUGAAUGCAUACUUCUAUAUUUACAUGUAUACACUUUUGAAAAAGUUCACGCUCCACCUAACUGAAAUGUCUGCUUUAUUUGGAUAUUUGUUUAUAGAAAUUUGCAAACCUUUUUAAAAGUUAGUGAAAUAGAAUAUUAUAUAUUUAGCUUUGCGAGAAAAACUGGUCAAUGUAAGACUACUAUUUGCGAUUUUUUUCCUACAAAAACCUUAAACCUUGUAUACAUGUCUUUUUAUAGCUAAUUCUGUUAAUUACUGUAUUUUGAAAAACCGCGGUUUUUGAUGCAGCAGUACUUCUGAACAUUUACCUUUUUUGUAUCUUUCAUGUUUAUGUGGAAAAGAUAUAAUAGAACACAUGCUCUAUACAUAUACAAUCCAAGUGUUAUAUAUUUGAACAACAACUGUAACGAAAACAUUCCUCGGUAGUUCAAAUAUUUUGCAAAUUCUCCGAAUUUUAAUAAUAAUAUCAACUUUUAUUGGUACUUUAUUCUUAAUCGGCGAUUUUUGUAAUAACCAGUCUUUAAAUGCAAACAAAAUAAUAAAGAAAAUUUAAAAAAAUUACAAAAUAAAGAAAUACAA